AAGAACACAAAACAAGAAAAAGACAUAGAAGCAUUCAUCAUGAACUAUCACUCUCUCAUGCCACAACGGUAUUCAUAUUCAGACAUUAAGAAAAUUACCAACUCAUUUGCUGAUAAACUAGGUCAAGGUGGAUUUGGAAGUGUGUAUAGAGGAAAAUUAAAGGAUGGUCGUUGUGUGGCAGUAAAAGUUUUAAAUAAAUCUAUAGGCGAGGGAGAAGAAUUUAUUAAUGAAGUUGCGAGUAUUAGUAGAACUUCACAUGUCAAUAUUGUUACUCUAUUAGGAUUUUGUUAUGAGAGGACUAAAAGAGCUUUGAUAUAUGAAUACAUGCCUAAUGGAUCUCUAGAUAAAUUCAUAUACGAUUUAGGCAAUCAGCUAGAAAGGAAAAUGUUAUAUGACAUUGCAAUUGGCAUUGCUAGAGGUUUAGAAUACUUGCAUCAAGCAAUUCAAACGUUGUAAAUAGCUAGGAUUGUGCAUUUUGAUAUAAAACCUCAAAAUGUCCUUCUAGAUGAUGAUUUCUGUCCAAAUCUCUGAUUGGUCUUGCUUGGUCUUGCAAAACUAUGCAAGAGAAAAGAAAGUAUAGUGUCAAUGUUGAGUGCGCGAGGGACAGUAGGGUACAUUGCUCCAGAAGUGUUUAUGAGAAGCUUAGGAGGGGCUUCUUACAAGUCUGACGUGUAUAGCUACGGAAUGAUGAUCCUUGAAAUGUUUGGAAGAAGAAAUACUAGUGAUAUUAAAGCAUCAGAGGGCAGCGAAAUGUAUUUUCCAGAUGAGCUUUACAAGUUUCUUGAACCAGGAGAGAAUUCUAGUAUGAAUGAGAAUGUGAUAGAAGGAGAUCAAGGAGAGAUGGUGAGAAGGAUGAUAAUAAUAGGGUUAUGGUGUAUUCAAACAAAUCCAUCAGAUAGACCAAUCAAUGACCAAGGUAAUAGAGAUGUUGGAAGGUAGUUUGCAAUCUUUGCAAAUUCCACCAAAACCUCUAUUCCCUGCAACUACAGCAACUGUAGAGGUAGAGUACUCAUCUACAUUGUCAUCAGCAGCGGACAUGAUCCCAGAAGCAUGAAGAAAACAUUUUGUCGUAAACAGAAAUGGACAUUGUAGGCAUUGCAAAUUUCAGAGUGUAAUUGUUGAAGUAGCAGAGUUUGUGAAAAACCAACCAAACCAAUUAAGGGUUUUCUCGUUGCACUUUGAUCUAUUUCGUGUUUUGUUCAUACGGUCUGAUCAUGUAAUAGUAUAUGGGCUAUUUAUGCUACACAAAAUU